AUGCGCACUCUCAGUUUCCUCUUCGCCGCUCUGGCGCUGGUGACCGGGAUGUACAGGUUCCUCGACGCCUGCCUGGAGAACUUCUACAUAUUCGACAAGGACCAUCUGCACGAUGUGUCCCAGCGCGCAAUUGCCGCCCACGGCAAUGACACUCGCUCGAUUGUCCAGUACAUCGUCUCCGAGUUGGACGAAAAGGUCGGCGACACCCACCUCAACAAGGACGAGGAAUGGGUCUUCAACAACGCCGGCGGCGCAAUGGGCGCCAUGUACAUUAUCCAUGCCAGUAUCACCGAGUAUCUGAUCAUCUUCGGCACUGCCAUCGGCACUGAAGGACACACCGGACGCCACACCGCAGACGAUUACUUCAACAUCCUCCAGGGCACCCAGCUUGCCUACGUCCCCGGUUCCUACGAGCCCGAGGUCUACCCGGCCGGUAGCGUUCACCACCUUCGCCGCGGUGAAGUCAAGCAGUAUAAGAUGGAGGCCUCUUGCUUCGCCCUCGAGUAUGCCCGCGGCUGGAUCCCUCCCAUGCUUUUCUUCGGAUACGCCGAUACCUUCUCGAGCACCCUUGACUUCCCGACCUUGUGGGCUACCUCGCGCAUCACUGGACGUGAGAUGAUUUCCAAUUUGCUCAAGGGCAAGUUCUAA